CCGCCACAAUUGUGCGCAAGUUGCAGUGAAUAAUUUGUUAUGAAACCAUUGUCAAUUUUGACAAGACUCCCUCAAAGGGAAGAUUUAAUGAGUUUUACUCAAAAAUAUUAAAAAAAUUAUACAAUAUUCCCAAAAUGUCCUUAUUGAAAGCAUUCUCAAGAUUAACUCUACAAUCGUCAAAAUAUUUGGCACAGCCUUCGGCAUGGCUCCAUACAUCACCGGUUCUGUGUGCUGAACCACUGAAGAAAAAGAAGAAGUUGGAUCCACAAAUCAUCAAGCAACGUGAGGACAGACGUAAAAAGAAAUUGGAAAAACAAAUUAGACGUUUGGAGAAGAAUGCCCGCCAAUUGAAACCCAUCGAGGAACUGGAGGUCCCUCUGACGUUGAUAGAUGAACAAAAACAACGUACACGCACUUUGCCACCUCUGAGCGAAGCCGAAGUGGAAAGAAGGAUCCAACUCAACAAGCAAUGGUCACGUUAUAAACAUGAACAGAAAAUGCAAGAAUAUCAGAUAAUGGAUCGGCUAAUGCAAUCACAGCGUAAAGCUUUGGAAGAGUUGCGACUGGAAUCGGAAGAGCUGUAUCAGGAGGCUAUACAACCCGACAUGUCCUUGUUGCCGGUUAAAAUUAAGGGUCCAGUGGCAACACCACCCAUUCCCAAUUAUGUCUCGCCCGAUGGUGAAUAUAUACUAGAAUCCAAAAAAUGGGAUAUUUAAUAUCUUCUAGGAUAAUGUAAUUUAGGCAAAAUGUUUUUGUUUGUAUAUUUGCCAAUAAAUAUUGAAAAAUAAACUCGGGAUAUUUAAUUAUGA